AUGUCAAUCGUCUAUGCAUCCUCAAGGGUAUUCCGCCAAACCAAUGGCAUUGUAUUCCUACAUCCAUCAGAACGAGUACCACGGUCCGAGCUAGAUCGAAGAGAUCGAUGCUACCGUGCCAAACGAGAAGCCGAGUACGCAAGAGCAUGGGCCGAAGAUGCUACGCUAGUUGGAUAUAUUAUCUACGACACAAACGCAAGCCGGAUCGCGGGCGACAGAGCAAGCCUAGGCGGUCAAAGCAGCAUCCGCAGACGCAGGAGGAACAACAGUGUCGCACAUCGACUCGGACGCACAUUGAAGCUCAAGAAACUCAAGAAUCUGUUCAGACAUACAUAG